AUGACUACUAACGAUAGUAUAACCGACGAUACAUUUUUCGACACGAACAAGAAAAAGAAAUCGAAAAAUCGGAUUAAGCGUGAUGCACUAACUGAAACAACAAAUUCAAUAGAUAAUGUGGCUGGAGAUGGAACUACUAAUGAUGCAGCAGUGGUUGAAAGCGACUAUACUUAUGAAUAUUUGAUUACUCGAGUAUUUAAAACUAUUAAUGAAACGACUGGGACAAGCCCUGAUCCAUCAGAUAAAAUUAGAUUGAUUCUUCCACCAGUACAAGUGGGACGUAUUGGUACAAAACGUACAGCAUUUCUAAAUUUUGCUUCAAUAUGCGCAUUACUUAAACGGCAAGAAAAACAAUUACAUGACUAUUUUGUGGUCGAAUUAGGUACAACAGCUUCUAUCGAUAGAAAUCAUGCUUUAAUUAUAAAAGGACGUUUUCAACAAACCCAUAUAGAAAAUAUUCUUCGUUCGUUUAUAAAAGAGUAUGUCUUUUGCAAAACAUGUCGUUCUCCAGAUACAUUAUUAGGAAAAGCAGAUCGUUUAACUGUGAUUAAAUGUAAUACUUGUCAUUCACAAUAUUCUGUUUCUAGUAUCAGACCAAAUAUUCAAACUCAUAAUGGCUAA